CAAUUUGAAUCCCCAAUCUUGUAUCACACUUCCCGAAAUUUUAGCCAACCUUAAACUCCUCCUCCUCAUCACCAAUUCAUCAUAAUCUUUAUCGUGUUUUAUUCAAUUUCUAUAUAUAUAUACAUACAUAUACAUACGAAUUAAAAUAAAAUUUUAUACAAAUAUGAUGCAGCAGAACAAGAAUAACAGAGGAGGAGAUGCUAGUCAACGCAUUGCUAUAAUCUCAGCUCACUUAAAUCCUCAUAUUUAUAAACUCCAGAUGGAAGGAAAUUCCAGUUUGGAACGAGUAAAUUGCCGUGCAAAAGGCGGAUCACCUGGAUUUAAGGUGGCUAUAUUGGGUGCAGCUGGUGGCAUUGGUCAGCCGCUUUCAAUGUUAAUGAAGAUGAAUCCUCUGGUGUCGGUUCUGCAUCUUUAUGAUGUUGCCAAUACACCCGGUGUUACUUCUGACAUCAGCCACAUGGACACGAGUGCUGUGGUGCGUGGUUUUCUUGGACCACAGCAGUUAGAGAAUGCACUUACUGGCAUGGAUCUUGUGAUCAUUCCAGCAGGCGUCCCUAGAAAACCUGGAAUGACAAGGGAUGAUCUGUUCAACAUCAAUGCAGGAAUCGUUAAAACCCUCUGUGAAGGAAUUGCUAGAUGCUGUCCGAAGGCUAUUGUCAACGUGAUUAGCAAUCCUGUAAAUUCCACUGUGCCAAUUACUGCGGAGGUUUUUAAGAAAGCUGGCACAUAUGAUCCAAGACGACUCUUAGGAGUUACAAUGCUUGAUGUUGUCAGAGCCAACACUUUUGUGGCUGAAGUUUUGGGACUUGAUCCACGGGAAAUUGAUGUUCCAGUAGUGGGCGGUCAUGCUGGUGUAACCAUUUUACCUCUUCUAUCUCAGAUGAAGCCUGCAUGUUCUUUUACUUCUGAAGAAGCUGCGUACCUCACAUCCCGUAUUCAAAAUGGUGGAACUGAAGUUGUUGAGGCAAAGGCUGGGGCAGGAUCCGCAACACUUUCCAUGGCAUAUGCUGCAGUUCAGUUUGCUGAUGCCUGCUUGCGAGGAUUAAGAGGCGAUGCAGAUGUUAUUAAAUGUGCUUUUGUCCCUUCUGUGGUUACAGAACUACCAUUUUUCGCAUCAAAGGUGAGGCUUGGCCGUAAUGGGAUAGAGGAGAUUUAUGCACUUGGUCCUGUGAAUGAAUUUGAAAGGAUUGGUUUGGAGAUGGCAAAGAAAGAGUUGGCUACAAGCAUUGAGAAAGGUGUUUCAUUUGCUACCAAAUGAUCAACUCAUUCAACAAGGGCCAUUGAUUUCGUCUAGAUUCAGUAUCGACACACUAGAAAAGAAAAGAAAGGUGCAAUAAUACUACCCAAUUUUCAAAAUAAAUGAUCUUUCCUUGAGGUCAGGUUAUGUUUUGUUAUUUAUGUAUGAUAGAAGGGAACGCUUGUUACAAGAGGUAACCUCAAUACAUGAAUUAAAAUAAGGUUUAUCUGUAUUUGCAUAUAUCGUGUAUGAGGACAAUUUGCUGAUACGAAAUAUGAACUAGAUUUACCUA